GCAAGACACUCAGAGGGACAUCUCUCCUCUUAGUGGAUUCACCUGCUCCGACUCCUUCUUCGCCCUCCCUCAGCCAACAGCAACCAUGAGUGUCAGGAUCUCCUCAUCCAGCUUCAGCAGCGGUGGCAGCAUGGGUGGCGGUGGAGGCUUCAGCAUGGGUGGUGGCGGUUUCGGCAUGGGUGGCGGUGGCGGCGGCUUCGGCAUGGGUGGCGGCGGCGGCAGCAUCAAGAGGAGCUUCUCCAGCCAGUCCGCCAUGGCAAGUUCCGGUGGUGGCGGCGCCCGCAUGAGCUCCAUGUCCAUGAGGCGCUCUGGUGGUGGUGGUGGCCUGGCCUUGGGAGGUGGUGGCGGUGGUUCCGGCUUCGGCUUUGGCAUGGGCGGAGGUGGUGGUGGUGGAGGCCUGGCCCUCGGCGGUGGAGGCAUCGGUUUUGGAGCUGGAGGCGCUGGCUUUGGAAUGGGCAUGGGUGGUGGAGGUGGUGGCUUUGUGGCACCCACCAUCACAGCUGUCACAGUCAACCAGAGCCUGCUCGCCCCCCUGAACCUGGAGAUCGACCCCACCAUCCAGACCGUCCGCACCCAGGAGAAGGAGCAGAUCAAGUCCCUCAACAACCGCUUCGCCUCCUUCAUCGACAAGGUACGCUUCCUGGAACAGCAGAACAAGAUGCUGGAGACCAAGUGGACCCUUCUCCAGGACCAGACCACUGUGCGCUCCAACAUCGACUCCAUGUUCGAGGCCUACAUCGCCAACCUGCGCAGACAGCUUGACGGCCUGGGCAACGAGAAGGUCAAGCUGGAGGGAGAGCUGAGGAACAUGCAGACUCUGGUUGAGGACUUCAAGAUUAAAUAUGAAGGUGAAAUUAACACACGUGCCACAGUGGAGAAUGAGUUUGUUCUGCUGAAGAAGGAUGUUGAUGCUUCCUACAUGGUCAAGGUGGAACUGGAGGCCAAGGUUGAUGCCCUUCAGGAUGAGAUCAACUUCCUCAGGGCCAUCUAUGAGGAGGAGCUGCGCGAGCUGCAGGGACAGAUCAAGGACACCUCUGCUAUCGUGGAGAUGGACAACAGUCGCUCUCUGGACAUGAACUCCAUUGUUGCUGAAGUGCGUGCUCAGUACGAAGAAAUCGCCAACCGCAGCCGUGCCGAGGCUGAGACCUGGUACAAGGCCAAGUUUGAGGAGAUGCAGACCUCUGCUGGCAAACACGGUGAUGACCUGCGCACAACCAAGUCAGAGAUCGCAGAACUCAACCGCAUGAUCAGCCGUCUCACAAGCGAGAUCGAGGCAGUCAAAGGACAGCGCGCCAACCUCGAGGUCCAGAUUGCAGAGGCUGAGGAGCGUGGGGAGUUGGCAGUGAGGGAUGCCAAGCUGCGUAUCAGGGACCUCGAGGAGGCCCUCCAGAGAGCCAAGGCGGACAUGGCCCGCCAGGUGCGCGAGUACCAGGAGCUGAUGAACGUCAAACUGGCCCUCGACAUUGAGAUCGCCACCUACAGGAAACUGCUGGAAGGAGAGGAGUCCAGAAUUGGUACUACCACUGCAACCGUUCACGUUCAAGAGAGUUCUGCUGGAGGCGGUGGCCUGGCCCUUGGUGGCGGCGGAGGUGGUGGCGGAGGUGGUGGAUUCGGCUACGGUGGUGGUGCCGGCGGCAUGAUGAUGGGAAUUGGCGGCGGCGGCGGCAGUGCUGGAUUCGGCUACGGCGGCGGUUCCGGCAUGGGCAUCGGAAUGGGCGGUGGCUCCAGCCUCAGCAUUGGCGGUGGCGGCGGCGGCAUGUCCAUGUCUCGCUCCUCUUCCUCCAUGAUGUCCAGUGGCAUGCGCCGCUUCUAAAUGAGGAACAACACCUCUCCUGCCUUCACUCUGCUCUCCCCCUGCUCUUCUCUAUUCCACUCAAACACAGAACAUUUGACAAGGUCCUGCUCUUUUUAAAGCCUUUCCAACACCGGCACAUGGAGCUUCAGAAACAACUCAGAGUGAUAUCCUGACCCUCAAUGAAUAGAGUAAUUGUUUGAUAGCCUACAGUAUGCAUGGUCAUCAUUUGCUCUGUUCUCUACAUUUCUCCUGGGAUAAUGGGCCUUGAAGUGAGCUUUGUAGGCAGCUCUCUUAUCACUCCCUUCUCCAUGUGUCCCUGCAACGGCUGAUCUUGACCAGAUUUACUGUAGGAUGUGCCAUGUACAACAACUGAAAGCGCUCAAUAAACCUUGGUCCUUUAUAAAAUA